UCAUUUGCUUGAAGAAAUUAGGGACUUUAAGGAUUCAGAUGUUGUUGCUUCUUCGUCCUCCAAAUCUUCUAGUUUCUUGUCUGAUUUCACUGUGGCACUUCAGGCUGCCAAGCGUCUCCUCUCUGCUGCCUCCAACUUUGAUUCCAAGAUCUCCUCUGAUGGUUCUGCCAAGAAGAUUGCCUUUCAAUUUCAAUGUGUGACAUGGAAGUUAGAGAACACAUUGGGAAACCUAGCAUAUGAUCAGUUUGACAUCUCAGAGGAAGUUCAGGAGCAGGUUGAAUUAGUGAAAACACAGUUGAGAAGAGCCACUGAAAGAUAUGGAGGGCCUCUAAGUUCAACAAUAUUAUCACGUGCCUUAUCCCAGCCACUAGACAAAGAAAUCGAUCUGCAACCACUUAGCCGUAAGGUAAUGGGAAGUUUGCAUGUAGAGAAUAUAGGUAAUAUUGAUCAUGAAGUUCAAAUGAAGGUUGGUUCUGCUCCAAACGGCAAUGGUUCACAAGGUCAUAAUACACAUCAAACAAAUCUUGAAUCAGAAAGACCAAGGGACUCAUCUGCAUCAUCUGAGGAGUGUCAACAAAAUAAUUUUGAUGCGACCAGAAAUCAUCAAGAGUAUAAAAAGCCUGAUUCUCCUGUAAUUCCUGAUGAUUUCCUUUGCCCAAUAUCUCUAGAACUGAUGAGGGAUCCUGCUAUUGUUGCCACAGGACAGACAUAUGAGAGAUCUUACAUACAGAGAUGGAUAGAUUGUGGCAACACAACAUGCCCAAAAACUCAGCAAAAACUCCAAAAUCUCACGCUUACCCCAAAUUAUGUUUUGAGAAGUCUAAUUACUCAGUGGUGUGUCGAGCACAAUAUUGAGGGUCAAAUGGCAUUGGCAAAUGGGCGGAUAAAGAAGAGUGAUGGAUCAUUCCGUGAUGUUAGUGGGGACAUAGCAGCCAUUCAAGCACUUGUCCGCAAUCUCUCAAGCCAAUCCACUGAAAAACGCAGAGUGGCAGUGGCCAAAAUCCGAUCACUGUCCAAAAGAAGCACAGAUAAUAGGAUAAUAAUGGCAGAGGCAGGAGCUAUUCCGGUGCUGGUUAACCUAUUAACAGCAGACGAUGGUUUAACACAAGAAAAUGCCGUCACUUCGAUUCUCAACCUCUCUAUAUAUGAAAACAACAAAGGACUCAUAAUGCUUGCCAAUGCCAUUCCAUCCAUUGUCCAAGUGCUUAGAGCUGGAAGCAUGGAAGCAAGAGAGAAUGCAGCAGCGACCCUUUUUAGUUUGUCACUUGCUGAUGAAAACAAAAUAAUAAUCGGUGCAUCGGAAGCAAUACCCGCUUUGGUAGAAUUGCUCCAAAAUGGAAGCGCAAGAGGGAAGAAAGAUGCGGCAACAGCACUGUUUAAUUUAUGUAUUUACCAAGGAAACAAGGGCAGAGCUGUGAGGGCGGGGAUUGUCACAGAGUUACUGAACAUGCUGACUGAUUUGAGUAAUUGCAUGGUUGAUGAAGCUCUGACUAUACUAUCGGUUCUUGCUAGUCACCCAGAGGCUAAGAUAUCCAUUGUAAAAGCUAGCACCAUACCCAUCUUGAUUGAUCUUUUGAGGACAGGUUUGCCACGUAACAAAGAGAACGCAGCCUCCAUUUUACUUUCCUUGUGCAAGAGAGAUAAUGAGAAUCUUUCUUGUAUAAGUAGGCUUGGUGCUGUAAUACCUCUGACUGAGCUUGCCAAUAGUGGGACUGAUAGGGCCAAGCGAAAGGCUACGUCAUUGUUGGAGCAUCUUCGGAAGUUGCAGCAGGUCUAACAGGUGUAGUAGCACUGGAAAACUAAUUAUUACUUGUUUGGGUUUUUUUUUUUUUUGUUGGGUUAUUUCUUCUUCUUCUUCUUCCCCCUUUUCUGACCAUUAAUGUUAGCCGAUUCCUUUUGGGUGUGAAAACUAAGGAUACAAGCAUGAGAAUACAAGCAUAUUCUCGUAGCUUAUUGUGUAUUCUUUACAAAGUGUGAUGGACUUCAUUCAUUCUGUUGUUUUGAAAUUUUUUACUGAAGAUUCUUUCAUCUCCACUCUGCUCUGUUGGAGGGAUGAAAAUAAACAUGUUCCGAAAAUUAUUGAGAUAUUUUGAACAUAAAAAAAGAAGAAGAAUUAUGUCUUUUUUCUUA